CGCGCUUGCAUCACAGCUUCUCGUGACAUCAGAGCUGCAGCAUGGCGGUCAAGGUGCAGUCAACAAAAAGGGCAGAGGCCAGCGAAUUAAAGGCAGUAUUUUUGAAGUUUUGUAGUGUGACCAAGGAUGGGGAGCAGUACAUGACUCCGACAGACUUUGUACAGAGAUAUCUGGGCUUACACACAGAUCCACAGUACAACCCAAAGAUUGUACAACUUCUAGCUGGGGUGGCUGACCAAACUAAAGAUGGGUUGAUCUCCUUUCAAGAAUUUCUGGCAUUUGAAUCCGUUCUUUGUGCCCCUGAUGCCAUGUUUAUGGUAGCUUUUCAACUAUUUGACAAGAAUGGCAAUGGAGAGGUGACAUUUGAAAAUGUUAAAGAGAUCUUCAGCCAAACAAUUAUUCACCAUCAUAUCCCUUUCAACUGGGAUUGCGAGUUUAUUCGGCUACACUUUGGCUUUGACAGGAAAAAGAAUCUCUGCUAUUCUGAAUUUACACAGUUUUUACAGGAACUACAACUUGAACAUGCAAGGCAAGCUUUUGCACAAAAGGACAAAAACAAAAGUGGCACAAUUGUAGCAUUAGAUUUCAGUGAUAUCAUGGUUACAAUUCGCUCACAUAUGCUCACUCCUUUUGUUGAAGAGAAUCUAGUUUCAGUAGCAGGUGGAACCAGUUCUCAUAAUGUCAGCUUUUCUUACUUCAAUGCAUUCAACUCUUUGCUGAAUAACAUGGAACUGAUUAGGAAGAUAUACAGCACUUUGGCAGGCACAAGAAAAGAUGUGGAAGUUACUAAAGAGGAGUUUUCUCAUGCUGCCAAUAAAUUUGGACAGAUCACACCUCUGGAAGUUGAUAUCCUUUUCCAGCUUGUGGCUCUGUAUAGUCCAACCGGACGAGUCUCUCUGGCAGAUAUUGAAAGAAUAGCACCAUUGGAGGAGGGAGCUCUACCCUACAACCUGGCUGAAGUUCAGAGGCAGCAAUCUUUCAGUGAUACCAGCAGGCCUAUAUGGCUCCAGGCUGCUGAGUCUGUUUACAGGUUCACAUUGGGCUCAAUUGCUGGAGCGGUGGGAGCAACUGCAGUUUAUCCUAUUGAUUUAGUGAAGACACGAAUGCAGAACCAGCGCUCUACAGGAUCUUUCAUUGGAGAGUUGAUGUACAAAAAUAGUUUUGACUGUUUCCAGAAAGUUGUGCGUUACGAGGGCUUUUUUGGCCUUUAUAGAGGUCUUUUACCACAGUUGUUGGGUGUUGCUCCGGAGAAAGCCAUUAAACUUACUGUAAAUGAUUUUGUGAGAGACAAGUUCACUCAAAGAGAUGGCUCGAUUCCUGUACUUGCAGAAAUCCUGGCUGGUGGCUGUGCUGGAGGUUCUCAAGUAAUCUUUACAAAUCCACUGGAAAUUGUGAAAAUUCGAUUGCAAGUCGCAGGAGAGAUUACCACUGGUCCCAGAGUCAGUGCACUUUCUGUAAUGCGUGACCUUGGAUUUCUGGGUUUGUACAAGGGCGCAAAAGCGUGUUUCCUUCGUGAUAUCCCAUUCUCUGCAAUCUACUUUCCAGUUUAUGCUCACACUAAGCUAUCCUUUGCAGAUGAGCAGGGUAGGUUGGGCCCAUUGCAGCUUCUUGCAGCUGGUGCUUUUGCAGGUAUUCCGGCUGCUUCGUUAGUAACUCCUGCAGACGUCAUCAAAACAAGACUCCAAGUAGCAGCUCGUGCUGGGCAAACUACCUACAGUGGUGUUAUUGACUGUUUCAGAAAGAUCUUCAGAGAGGAAGGUCCUAGAGCUUUUUGGAAGGGAGCAGGAGCCCGAGUCUGCCGGUCCUCUCCUCAGUUUGGUGUAACUCUGGUGACAUACGAACUUUUGCAAAGGUGGUUUAAUAUUGACUUUGGGGGAAUCAAACCAGUUGGUUCUGAGCCUACACCAAAAUCUAGGAUUUCUGACCUUCCUCCGGUCUCUCCUGAUCAUAUUGGAGGAUACAAACUAGCAGCUGCUACUUUUGCUGGCAUUGAAAACAAGUUCGGGCUUUACCUGCCUAAAUUUAGAUCUUCGGGUGUGGCUUCAGUCCAUCCACAGGUCUCGGCUGGUUCUCCGGAGUCUUAGGAGAUCUCUCUUAUGAGGUGCAAUCAAAUAACAUGGAGCAAUGUUGAAAGUAAUAGCUGCAUGUUGAUGGAGGUCAGUUCAAAUUUGAUUGAAAUCAUGUAUUUCUUAAUUCAAUUUUUGUAAUAAUACUAUGUCUGAAUUGUUUGCAUUGCAGAAAAUUGUCGUCAGACUUUAUUUGUAUAAUUUUAGAGAUCAUAAAAGACAGAAACAAGGACAGUUAAUGCAGCUAGAAAUAAAUACUUAAAACUAAUUAAGUUACAUGAUUGUUUCAGAAAGCAGUGUAUUCAGUCAGUGAUGCAGAUUUGAGGAGUUAAUAUUUCUGUUAUGCUAACUCAUGAUCACUUUAAACAAAAAUUAUUGAUGUGCUUUUCCUUAGUCUUUUUCCUCUGUUGCUUAUUGAGGCAUCAGAAAUAGUUCAAAACAGAACUUGUUUAGAACAGUACUGUAUUAAACCUGCUAUUCAUGAGAAAAUAUCAAAUGUUACAAAGUUUAAUGCACAUUUUAUUUUGUUGUCUCGAUGGCCUACUUUCCAUUUAUUAAAAUUAUGGUAUACAAGGUUCCAAAAAUAGUUUCACGGUAAUGUGACUGCAGCUAAGAAAGAUACCUACAAAAUUGAAAUCAACCUGUCUUCUUGAAACUGCCUGAGAACAGUGAACUGUGAAUGUGGCAGGUUGGUUGUAGGUGUUGCUUUAGAUAUCAAGAUUCCAGCUCAGCCAUGGAUCACAGUUAAAGAACACCCUCCCCCCCCCCCCCCCCCCCCCUGCCAAAUUAUUGGCAAUUGGUUCCUGCACUUGGCAAAGAAUGGUUACGGCAAAAUACUUUUUCUCCCUCGACGUUUUUAUGCCCUUCACCUUAUCCUAUGUAAUGGAGUUGCCACUUGAAGGAUUUUGCAUAAAAUCUACAUGGUUGACACAUGGUGAAAACAUGAUCUUCAUGCUAGGUAGAAAGCAGAAUUCCAACUGAUGAACCCUGUAGUGUUUCUACUAUGAGGCAAAGGUGGAACUAACAAUAUUAAAUUGUUACCCUAAGAGGAAGGUAGAUGGAACCAGCUUCAAGAUACUGUUAGUUCUGGCAUUCAUCAAGGGCACUGGUCUUGGUGGAUAAAAACAUACACCCUUGGCAUAGUAGAAAAUUUGGUCACUAAAAACCAGUAAUUGCAAGAUAAAUAGGGAAGUUGGUAUUAUUCUCUAAUUAUGUUCACCUUUAUAGCUGAUUUUAAAUAAAAUUAUUAUCCAUGUAUGAUCUUUUAAUUUAAAAUAUCUGUGGUGUUAUUUUGCUUUGCACAGCUUGCACUUGAUAUACCUGUACAUAUUGUACAUCUGUACAGAGACAUCAUAGAAGAUUGAAUAAAUCACAUGAUGCUGGGGGGCAAUAUGCUUGAGUUAAAGGGUUGCUGAAAAAUAUUGUACAGAUUGUUUUGUUAAAUCAUGGCAUUUAAACUAAACUGUUACCAUGUUACUGUUUUAAAGAAUUAUUUUCACUAUUGAUUUGUUUUAUGAAAAUGUGCUACAUUUGGUGUCUGAAUUGCUAGGAAAACUGGAUCUGACAAAGCUAAUUUUAGGACAUCAGCAAAGUCCAAAAAAUGCUUUUUAUUAUUAUUAUGUAUAUUUCAGCAUAUUUGCUGAAAAUAUUCUUUAAUUUUGUAACUGGGUGUUUCUCGAUGAUAUGAAGCUACAUUUGAAAUAUGUACAGAUUAAGUUUCCUUAGGCACUAUUCAAGUAUGUACAUUAACCACCAGCAGUUUACUUGUGUGACAAGGAAUACACCUAAUGUGACAUUUCUACAAUUAAACUGUAUAUAUGGCAGAUAAAACCAGUUGCAUUUUUGAUAUGUUUCUGUAGUAAACUCAAAUGAAUUAACAGUAAAUUUGAUAUUGCCUGUGGAAAAAUAGAUGGUUCCUUGUACCCUAAAUCCCAUUUAAAAAGUACACCACUAAUAGUACAAGGGGCACAUUGCAUCAAGGAGAGCAAGGGAACCAUAGACUGUU